AUGUCCACACCCACCCACUUCAAACUCGCAAAGUCAGAUAGUCUCACUCGUCGUGUCUCCUUCGCUGCAUUCCCCUCCUGGGACGAGCUUGCUGCACGCAUUCAGGCGCUCUAUCAUAUCGAAGACCCUGCGGUCUCGUACAUCGACUCUGAUGGAGACGCCAUCGUCCUUUCCUCAGACGAGGAACUCCGCGACUUCUACCAGUCGAGCGAACUAGGACAGGUAGUCAAAUUUACCGUCGUCGACCUCAGCGAUGUUCGCACUCUGGAUAGCAGCAGUUCAGGCAAGCCUCUUCCCGCUACUCCCUUCGAUUCUUCCCUUCGGAAUCCAUUCUCCGGUGGGCAACUACCCAUGCCAUUUCUCUUUGAAGUCGAAGACGAUUGGCAACGUCUUGGAAUGGGCGGCACCUUCGAGUCUACUCCCAUCGAGCCGAAUUCCGACAGUCCCCAUGCAUUCGUCGAGGUGAUUCCCAGCGACACCGAGCGAGCCAGUGUAUUAUCCGGUAGCGACAAUCGGACCGUAUCGGACCAACAGACGCCCACCCUUCCUCCUGUCGACAAGGGUAAAGCGAAGGCUACGAGCUCCAGCGACGAUGCAUCGACGGUAUCAGUCUUGAAUGAUGAUGCGCCGGACAAGCCACCCGUCCAUAUUCAGAUUCAUCGCCUUCGCAACUUCCAUUCUGGCACCUUUGGUCCCACAUCCUCUACAGACAAAGCUUUCCCUAACAUUCCUCCCGCACCAGCUUCCCCCGAGGCAGAUGCCACCGUGCUCGAGGAUAAGACUGGCACUCGGUCUUCCGCCUCCCUUUCCCUCGACGAGGCUCCUGCCCAGCCGGAGUCCACCACUGAUGAUCCUCCCCUACCCGAGGUUGGACCUGCCCCUGGAGCAGCAUCGCUCUACAACGACAUCGCGCAGCUCCUCAAUUCGCUUUCAACUGCCGUCUCCAGCCAUCCCGAACUGUCCGAAGGUAUUCGUAACGUCGUGCGCAAUGCCACUAACGGCGCUUACUGGGAGGGAGGCCGCCAGUCUGUCGCCCAUGUCGUGGAGGACCUUCGCCGCGCGGCACAGGAAGCUCGAGAGUCGGCCCCCAGUUCGGAAGAUUUGCACCGCAGGGCGGAGGAGGAGGCCGGCAGAAGAGUUGCGGACGCGAUCGGCAGUGUUUUCAGAGCUUUCGGUGAGGCGACCAGGAGCACGAGCAGUGACGAUGCACCGCCAUUUCCUCCAUCUCCUAGGCCAGAAAGUCGUGAUCACCACCAACCUCCUCCUUUCCCCCCUCUUUUUGUCCCCCAGAUGACAUUCCCACAUGCUCGAGGGGGCGGAUUCGCUCGUCGUGGUCGUGGUGGUCCGUUUAGUCCUUUCCAUCAUCAUGGACAUUUCCCCCAUAUUCCCUCACCCGACGCACAUUUUCCUCCUCCGCCCCCGCCCGGUCAGUGGUUCCCGAGGGAUCCGUUCGGUGGUCGUCAAUCUCCGCCGCCGCCGCCGCCACCACCUCCGGGGCCACCUCAUGCCCCACCUCCAGGGUCUCCCGCCUCUCGAAGCUCCAUGCCGCCCCCUCCACCCCCUCCGGAUUUUGGUAUGCCACCGCCACCGCCUCCUGGUCCCCAUGGUCCUCCCCCUCCUCCCCCUAGCGGUUCCUUCCCACCUCCACCUCAGCCUCCUCACGGCAGGUUCCACCAUGGGCGUGGUCACCCUCGCCAUUCUUUCGGACAUUACGUCCCGGGGCCGCCACCUCCCCCGCCUGGACAUGCUCCUCCCUUCUACAAUGACUAUGUCUCACCUGCGUGGAGCCAGUUCCGGACAUUCCAGAGGCAGUCGACCGAUGCCUCUACGCCGGCGGAGACCCCCACGGUGGAGACUACGGCAGGCGAGCAGCGCGAAGUCUCGUAUUACGCCGCGUCGUCCAGAUCUACACGGCCUCGAGCUGAAGAUCUGAAGGCUUCUUUGGAGACAGCAAAGCAGAAUUAUAAGAGGGAGAAGCAAAGGUAUCGUGCUGAACGUCAGGCGAGGCGUCGUGAGCGUGAGCGCGCGAAUGAAUCCUUUGAAAGCUCUGCCACUGAAAGCGGAAAUGAUCAUGCUCCGGAGGCUCCUGAGGCGACUGCUCCUCCGCCUCCGGAGGUUCCGCUGACCUCCAUGCCUGAGACCCAGAUCAUUAGUAACGCCCAUGGGUCCUUCCCCCAGCUCGAGAUGUUCAAUGUUAUGCGUAGCCCGGGUCACCCUCGCAGGCACCAUACUAUCGCGGGACAUGGCAUGCGCUACCGUGAGCGCCAGGCAGAAGCUCCUUCUAACGAGGUCAACGUCGAGGCGGAAAUUAUUCAGAGGUUGGGCAACAUGGGCUUCAGCGAGCGCGAGUACCCGACCUUGCCGAAUGUGGUGAGUUCGUGCUUGAAGACGAAUGACGUGACGAAGAUGUCGAAGAGCGACCAGGAUGAUGUCGUCAGCUUGGUGGUCGACGAGCUUCUUACGAUGCCGCCGUCCACGCCUAAGGCCUCUGGUUCUGAAUUGUCCACUGAUUAGGCGCGAAGUGUUUGAGCUCUUUCCUGUUUCUCCCGUUGUGGGGCUGGUUGUAUGAGUAGCGCAGUAUAUGCUUUCAUCUCACUCUAUCUUUGUCUCCUGACUUUCGAGGUAGGUAUCGUUUCAUAUUCUGGUAUUUAUCUUCUUGUUUGUUUUCGUUUUUGAGGACUGUUGGCGAUUGUCGUUGAGACGAUCAAUGAGAGUUCGUCUUCUUGUCUAUGCUCUUCCUUUAUUCUGCAAUACGAAAAAGAAACAAAAGCUUGAGUCACCUUGUAACAUGUAUGUAUCAUAAUUGUUAGGAAUAUACGUUGGACUGGUACGAACGACACAACACUGUCG